CACCCUCCAACCCUCUGCAUUGCGUGGUCCUAGUCCUACACAAUGUUGGAGAGUGGCCAGCUUGACAUUCAAUAACGCCCACGCCACAUCAGCUGUCACUCACUUGACCAGCGCAUGAUCUCGUCACAUCGCCUGAUCAAACGCAAACGUGCAUGCAAGGCGCACAAGCCGCUCCCAAUCUAGAACAUGCAUGAAGAGCGGCCUCCUGCACAACGGUGAGCGGACGUGCGCAUAACCAUUUCUGCUUCAUUCCUGUCUUUGCCUCUCUUUUCUUCCUCUUCCCAUCUACCGUUUCUCGCAUCAACGACUCCGGGACCACAAGAUGAAGCGAUUGAUCGUAGCGUGUGACGGCACUUGGCUGGACAGCGACAAUGGCUUCUACAGAAGCUCCUGGCUCCCGUGGAAGACAGGCGGCUACUUGGCCACACCCUCAAACGUCACGCGCAUCUGUCGCGCCCUCCACACACGCUCCGAAGACGGCAUUGAGCAAAUCGUCUACUACCAAGCUGGUGUGGGCACUGCCAAUGACUGGUACUCUUUCUUCUUCGGCGGCUACCUGGGCGAUGGCAUUUCUGAAAACAUUCGAGAGGCCUACGCCUUCCUCUGCAGCAACUACGAGGAUGGCGACGAGAUCACUCUAGUUGGAUUUUCCCGCGGCGCCUUCACGGCUCGGAGUGUCGGAGGGUUGAUCGGGGAUGUCGGCCUGUUGACCGACAAAGGUCUCAACAGCUUCUACGACAUCUACACUGACUGGCAAAACCAGGAGAAUCCCAACUACAAGCCACAGUACGGCACUCCGGCGUGGCCCAAGACACGACCGAGGUUCAGCGAUCCCACUUACGUUCCGAAAUUGGUCGAGGCCGGCUUGACGAGGCCUUCGAUUCCGGUGAAGUCAACCACUGUCUGGGACACCGUCGGUGUGCUCGGCGUGCCACUGAUCAAGGUCUUUGGCAUCACUCUCUACAAUCCUGCCCACAAGCAGUACUCCUUCAUUAAUACGAAAGUGCCCAACAAUGUCGAGUACGCCUACCAAGCGCUUGCUCUCGACGAAGAGCGCAAGCCCUACGCGCCCACUCUGUGGGAGUCGCCAAAACCCGGGAGCCCUUCACGUCUCAAGGAGCUCAAACAAUGCUGGUUUCCAGGCGUGCACGUCAACAUCGGCGGCGGGACCCCCGACACCUCCAUCUCCAGCAUCACGUUGGCCUGGAUGAUCAGCCAGCUCUCUAAGCAUCUGUCCUUCAAACCAGACUAUAUCCUCGGACAGCGAAUUCAGAACGUCGACUACUAUAAAGAGAACGACCUCCCGGUGGCAACGUGGGCAAUGGGCGCGAUCGUGCAAGACGACACUGGCCUACUGAACGACAUCCUGGGAAGGCAAGUUCGCACGCCAGGCGACUACUACGCCACCAAUCCCGCCACUGGGAAGUCCACCGAUCGAAGGCUCACCGAAACCCACGAAUUCAUGCAUCCUUCCGUCCACUAUCGCAUUGCCGAACAUGGUCCUGGACUGGUGAAAUCUGCCACCAGCCCGCCGCGAGGGUCAUACGAGCCCAAAGCGCUCAAGGGAUGGAAAUACUUUGCGCCAGGCGAGCCAGUGGGAGAUGUCAAGCUUGACAGUAUGGAUGGGGCGCGCUCGUGGAAGGACUAUGGGAAAUGGACGAUUCGACGAUCGGACGGCACUACCACGCUCAUUGUUGAGGAGAAAAUCGAACCGAACUCCGACGAAAUGGAACUGCUGCAAGCUUGGGGCACGGCGAUUACGGCGAAAGUGCUUGCGUCGUAGUGAGUGCGGUCUGGUGAAGUCUGAUUUUGUCUCUUCUUUUCAUUUCAAGUGUGUGCUCUACGCUGCCCUGAAUUGGGCUGAGCACAGGUAGCUAAGGUGCGCGUGCGAAGGAAACAUCCAUAGCCAUAUCG